AUGGGGACACGCACACCCGACCUCAUCUCAUGCAACAGUGCCAACAACAGCGGACACACCAGCGGCCACAACCAACGGUACAAAGACAUGCUGUUUCUAUCUGUAGCACGCGAUAGAGACGGACUGAGUGAGAGUGAUGUCAGUGCACGCUCCAGUACGUAUGGUGUGGUGGAGGGGCCGUACAGCACACACGCGUCUCGACAGGCGUACCACAAAGAACUGCUGCAGCUGGUCAUGAGCAACAAACCAAAGAGAGAGGCGCUGGUCACUCUGGCCAUGGGCUGUCACGAUCAGGCGUUGCGACGGGCUAUUCCCAAGUGUAGUAUGGUGCAGUUUCUGGUGCUGCACUCGCGCGGUCGUGACUACCGCCGCCUGUCGGUGGAGAGUUGGUUCGAAGGCUUUGAUCAGUCCGCACUGCACAUUGUAUACAAACCUCUGAG